GCAAUAACCAUCGAGACCAGUGCAGGUCAAUGGCGCAUUUACUCUACGUGGUGGGGUGACUGCACUGUGUAUACCCAGGCACUACGUUUCUUUGCUAGGUUCUUCCAUUGCGCGCCGCUUCACGCCUCAUUCCGACCCAUCGUACCCUGGCUACUCCAGGAGUAUAUUUGCUUCCCUAUUCCCACGUUUUCUCUUACUCAACUACCUCAUCCGUUCGUUCGUUCUUCACCUGCUCGGAAGCUUUCCGACUGACACUCGUUCCUCCUCCUCAACCUUCUAAUUCUCUCUCACGAUGAAGUUCUCCCAAUCGGUGUCGGCUGUAGGUCUCUUUGCCGCUCUUGCUUCGGCGGCAGUAUUGCCACUGGAUGCCAGAGACACAUCGGACGUGGUUCUUCCCAUUGAGUCCACUGUCCUCACGGAACCCGAUGUCGCGGAUUACCGCGAGCAGAUGGGCUUCGGAGAAGAUCUCGAUGGUGUCGAGGACCAGGAGGAUACCAACGAGAAGCGCUCGUCCUCCACUACCUGCAGGUACAUUCCUAGCGAUUCCAAAUGGCCUUCGGCCUUCGACUGGUCCGUCCUCAAGUUCUUUGUCGGCGGAACCCUCGUCAAGCCCGAUCCCAUCGGAAAGGUCUGCUUUCCCGGAUCUGCAUACGACGCCGUCAAGUGCGCCAAUGUCACCGCCGAGUUCACCAACUCCGACCUCCACGUUAAUCAUCCCACAUCCAUCAUGUCUCCCCAAUACCAGGGAAUGACCUGUCUUCCCGGGGAUGGUAGCAUCGCCAAUGCCACCUGCACCGUUGGUGGUUACCCACUGUACGUGGUGGACGCCAGGAACGCGUGGGAUGUUCAGGCUGCGGUCAACUUUGCCCGCAACAAGAAUAUCCGGUUGGUCAUCAAGAAUACCGGCCAUGACUUCAACGGAAAGUCUUCGGGCUCGCACUCGCUCAGUAUCCGCACCCACAAGUUCAAGGACAUUGCUGUCAUCAAGAACUACAAGAGCAAUGGAUACAGUGGUAUUGCCCUCAAGGCUGGCUCCGGUGUCCAGGGGUUUGAGUUGUAUGCUGCUGCCAGCGCUGCGGGCCUCAUGGUUGUUGGAGGUGAAGGAAUGACUGUUGGUUGGGGUGGAGGUUACAUCCAGGGAGGAGGACACUCUCCUCUCGGUAGCAUCAAGGGUAUGGCUGCCGAUCAUGUUCUUGCUUACGAGGUCGUCCUUGCCAAUGGCCGCUUCGUGACCGCCGACCGUGACACCAACUCUGACCUCUUCUGGGCUCUCCGUGGAGGAGGAGGUUCCACCUUCGGUGUCGUCGUCUCCAUCACCGUCAAGGCGUACGAAGACAUUCCCGUGACCAUCUCGACUUUCGAUUUCACCGUCUCCGCGGCCGACCAGGCCAAGUACGCCGCUGGUGACUACUCUAACGACGAUUUCUGGGCGGUGAUCAAGCACCACAUGAGCCUGUUCCCCGAGCACGGCGACGCUGGAAUCUACACCUACUUCAACAUCUUCCCCAGCGCAGUUUCUGGCGCGCAGACCUUCACCAUGCUCCCGUACUUCGCCCCGGGCAAGACGGUCGCCGAGGUCACCGCGCUCCUCGCCUCCCUCGUCUCCACCGCCGCCGAUCACAACAUCACCAUCACCCCCAAGACCGUCUUGUACCCUGGUUUCAAGCAGGCGUGGGCCGCCGGCUUCCCCAAGGAGACCGUGGGUCUCUGGAACGUCCAGUCCGGCUCGCGUCUCUUCCCCCGCCAGAACUGGGCCACCGACGCCAGCUUCGACACCACCUUCGCGGCCAUCCGCGACGUCGUCGCUAAGUCGUACAUGGUCGGCUUCAACAUCGCGCCCACGCUCGCGGCCGGCGGCGUCACCGCCGACGAGACUGCCGUCAACCCCGCGUGGAGGAACACCGUGCUUCACGCCAUCACCGGCACGCUCUGGGACGCGUCGAUCCGCGACUUUGACGUCAUCGACCAGUACCGCAGCAACUUCACCAACGGCCCGAUGGAGCAGUGGCGCGAGGUCACGCCCGGAUCCGGCGCCUACCUCGGCGAGUCCGACACGUACGAGCCCGACUGGCGCCAGGCCUUCUACGGCGACAAGUACGAUAAGCUCUACCAGAUCAAGCAGAAGUUCGAUCCCAAGGGUGUGUUCUUUGCCGAGACCGCUAUCGGUUCCGAGGACUGGAAGGCGGGUGACGACAGACUUGGACGUCUGUGCCGCGUCUAAGCUGAUCAUCUCUCUCGCGCUCUCUCGCUAUCUCUCGCACAAACACACACUCUCUUUUGCAUAACUUCUAUGUGCACCACUUCCCUUUGUCAAGCGCUGCAUAACCCAUAUGUAUGUACCGUAACUAUACUAUAGUACACAUCACAUCUAGAUAUUUUUAUGUUUCCUGUACAUACAUAUAUAGCCCGGAUAGUUUUUAGAGGGAGGGGAGGAUUAAUGCAG